AUGCUAGCCAAGACGAAUGCCGCGUUUUUAAACCUCUAUAAAGUCUCGAAGGAUGAUCUAGUCGUCGAACACACCCACACCAGUAUGGCUGGGGGAUGUUACCAUGUCGAGUUGGCUGCCAAGUACACCUCCUUUUUGAGUUCCUAUGUCAAGGCCUUGACACUUAACGAAGGUCUCUAUCUCACCGAACGGAUCCCAAAGCGGGGUGGGUUCUGCUUCUUUAUGGACUUGGAUUUUGACUUUGUCGACGACGUGGCAACCUACACAAACGACGAAUGGCAAGAGUGUUACCGUUUGUGUGCUGCUAGAUUACAAGAGGUGCUAAAGACACAUCAGGCCAACAUCUUGGCAAAACAAUGUCAAGACGAGGUAUUUGAUGGUGACCAUGUUGUAGAUAUGCAAGUGUAUUAUGGGGGUUUGCGCAUGUUGGGAUCCGUAAAACCACCUGAGCGUGACCACGAUCCCGGAUGGGUCACAACGAAAUCCUACACCUUGUUGGACAAGGAAUUCCUUCCGUUACCACUGGGCCUAGACAAUAUCGAAGCAUCGGUUGCGUGCUUGAAACUGGCGUCUAUCUUCAACCUCGAGGGCAAGGAAUUGACCCAUCCAACGGGACUACCAGCUGCCUUGAGUGCCACUGUGACUCGGAGACCAAGGCAUGAAAGCACGUCAGCCAUCACGCCAUGGAUCUAUGAAGCAUAUGGUCACGAUUCCAAUGUGAUCAAAUCGGUAAAGACCAAGACCGCAGGAGUGGGCAGAUAUGUCCUUGUCGAGUUGGACGAACGGUAUUGCCCGUUUCAGCAGCGAGAGCACAAGGGGAACCGACAGUAUAUUAUCUUGUCGAAACGAGCUGGAAGCUAUCAAAAGUGCCAUGAUCAUGAAAGCUGUGAUGAUCUAAAGCACCAUCCCAUUUCCUUUGCCGAUCUGCCAAGCCAUGUUCAAAACAUCCUCUUGAGGCUCACUGAAAGCAACGACGACGACGACACCGACGCACCCAGGCCCGUGGUGGCUGGACAAGACUUUCGCAAGGUCAAUGAUGCCCUAGGUAUCUCUCAUGACGAUUGGAGGGACUGGAAUUCCACGGCAGUGGCCACUGGGCACCAACUGUGGAAGGAGGCCACCCAGUGCAUCCUCCACCCGGCGGUGGUUCAUCCCGUCGCAGUCAGAGCGUGUGUUCUCAUCAAGCAGGACAAAUCUGUUCAUAAAAUCUGCCCCGAUUGCGGUGCCGAUGUCAUGAGCAAAAGUGACGCCAAAAAAGUACACCGGGCAUUCUCUCAGGACAUCUUGCAUACCCCGGCUAGUCUCAAUUCCGACGGAAAAAAGACUCCUUUUCAGAAAUUCACCCACACGGUCUUGGAAGAGGCGUCGAGCCAAAACUUACGGCGUGAUCGAAAAACCGGAGAUGUCUAUGCUCCCGUGGAAGGUCUCGCCUUCGCGUUCGAGAAACUCUGUGACGCUAAGACAUGGGUUCAAAACUUGUUUGCUGACAAUCGAGAAUUUGAGUCCGACGUGUCGAAUGUGGACAAGCUGGUCAAGUAUCUCCAAGACUUUAAGAACUCGGCCUUCCCGUUCUUGACCACCCAAAGAAACUACCUUGGAUUUACCAAUGGCAUUUACAAUACCGUGACGUGUGAAUUCACCGAGUUAGCUCAAGUUCCAGAGGACUUUGGUGUGGUUGGCAAGUAUUUGCCUUAUGAAUUCACUGGAAUGACGGAGACUCCCUUGCUGGAUGGUGUUUUGAACUACCAGUUCAAACCCGAGGUGCACGACAUUAUUUACAUGCUAUUGGGGCGGAUGUUUGGUAUUCGCGAUCACUUUGGGGUGAUGUUGUACUUUUUGGGGGAGUCAGGUGUGGGCAAGUCGUUGCUCAUCAAAGUCAUCAGUGCUUGCGUGGCGAAUGUGGGGGUCAUCGGAGGAAACCUGGAACAGACGUUCGGGCUGGAUGCGCUGUACGAGACGGACCUGGUCACUUGCGACGACCUGCCCCGAAACAUCUCCAAAGUGUUUUCGCAAGACAUCUUUCAGUCGUGUAUCACGGGUGGCAAGGUGAAUGUAGCUGCCAAACAAAAGCGUGCCAUCAUGGUCGAAUGGACCACACCCCUCUUCUUUGCUGGCAAUUGGUAUCCAGACUAUCUGGACAUGGGUCAGAUCUCUCGACGUAUUGUCAUUGCCAACUUUUCUCGACCUCUCCAGGAGGACGAUCCGAGCUUGUUAACUAGGAUUUUGGCGACAGAGUUACCAGCUUUUGUUCACAAAGUCACCCGAGCCUACAACGAUUUCCUACUCAAGCAUGCCAGUCACUCGCUUUGGACAGUGUUGCCACAGUACUUUCGUGAUGAACGAGACGAGCUCAGGAUGGAUCGGGACCCUCUCCUUCGAUUUCUUAGAGAGCGAACCGUAUACAUGGCAGGAAUUACCACUGCUAUGGCAAUUGUAAGGAAAGAAUUCGCGGAAUUUUUUGGUGGACCGGCCCCAAAGAAACUCAACCACAGUUCCUUCAAAGCAGCAAACCCUUUGUAUCAAAUCACCAAAGUCAAGCUUUGCAAACAUUGUCGAAAGCGACAUCUGGCAGGAUGUUGUGACCGUUACAACCGGGCGGAUUCCACGUCACGUGAUGUGGUAGAGAACAUGCAAUUUCUGGAUGUAAACGAGGAGAUGAGUAUCGGUCUGUGA